AUGGGCAAAAGGAACAGAUCAAGUUUAUUACCAACUAAUCUUCCACAACUUCAAAAUCUUAUUAAACGUGAUUCAAUUUCUUAUCGUGAUGAUUUUUUACAACAAUAUCGACAUUAUGAAUCUCAAUUAGAUAUUUUUAAAAUAAAACCUGACGAAGAAACAGAGGAAUUUGGAAGUUGCGCAUUGUUUUCCAAACGAAACUUCAAAUUUUCCACAACAAAUAAUUAA